AGAAGGGGAGGCUGGGGGAAGGGGGGGCAGGGGUGCGUGCUACAUAUUUCUGCUAGAUUCCUGCAAGGCUAGAGAUGCAGCUGGACCGGCUGGCCAGUGUUCUACUGGGUUCUGUGCGGAAGAGUUGGCGGUGAGGGAUCCCUGUCGCUGGUAGCCUGGGUGCAGGAUUUCCCAGCAAGGAAUCCGAGGCGAGAGCACCGGGCCCCUGCCUCGGUCAGGGAGGGACUGAAAUCAGAGAUGGGGAGGCGUUUCCCCCUGGGCUGUCAUCCUUAAGCGUCCGGAGCCGAGGCGGGCAAGGGUUAGAGCAGAAUUAGAGAGGUGGCUGCUACUCGAUUUGCGAAUUGCACGGGGCGUUGAGGCUUUUGAUGUCCAUACCGGUUAUCUGCCAGACAACGAAGCGAUUUAUGCUACAAUAUCCUGUUUCAGCACUGCCAAGGCUAUGCGAGAACGCGGCCAGGACAGCCUGGCAGGACUUGUGCUGUAUGUAGGACUCUUUGGGCACCCCGGGAUGCUGCACAGGGCCAAGUACAGCCGCUUUCGGAACGAGUCCAUCACGUCUUUGGAUGAAGGCAGUCCUGGAGUCUCUGUCGGGAACAAGGGCUCGCCGCAGCCACCCCACCCUGGUCUGGCACCUCACCUGCCGGCUGAAGAUGCCACCUUGCCGACCCAGGAGAGCCCCACCCCACUGUGCACCUUGAUCCCCCGCAUGGCCAGUAUGAAGCUGGCCAACCCUGCCACUUUAUUGAGUCUGAAAAACUUUUGUCUGGGUACCAAAGAGGUGCCCCGGCUGAAGCUCCAGGAAAGCCAGGAUCCGGAUCCCAGUAGCCCGGCAUCCCCUGAAAGCAGUCUGAAUAAAAUCGGGUCUGCACCUGCAAGGCAGCCGGACCUGUUGGGACACAGGGUGACCUCCUUAAGCCCUGAUGCUUGCCCACUUCCUGGUCCUGGAGAACCAACCCCCAAAAGCAGGCAGGACAGACACUUUCUGCAGCCCCUGUUGGGGAUGGGCAUGAACUUCUGCGUGAGGUACAUGGGCUGUAUUGAAGUGCUGCAGUCAAUGAGGUCACUGGAUUUUGGAAUGAGAACCCAAGUUACAAGGGAAGCAAUAAGUCGCCUGUGUGAAACUGUCCCUGGGACAAAUGGAGCUGCUAAAAAGCGAAAGCCCCCAGUUAAAUUCCUAUCAACAGUUCUUGGCAAAAGUAACCUUCAGUUUUCGGGAAUGAAUAUAAAACUGACCAUCUCAACGUGCAGCCUCACACUGAUGAAUCUUGACAACCAACAGAUUAUUGCAAAUCAUCAUAUGCAAUCAAUUUCAUUUGCUUCUGGAGGGGAUCCUGAUACUACAGACUAUGUUGCCUAUGUAGCUAAAGACCCAGUUAAUCAACGAGCCUGCCACAUAUUAGAAUGCCGCAAUGGAAUGGCCCAAGAUGUCAUAAGUACUAUUGGGCAGGCUUUUGAACUCCGGUUUAAACAGUACUUGAAAAAUCCUUCUUUGAAUACUUCUUGUGAAAGUGAGGAGGUGCAUAUUGAUGGUCUUUCAGAAGAGAGAGAAGAUCAUGAAUACUACAAUGAAAUCCCAGGGAAGCAGCCACCUGCAGGUGGUGUUUCAGAUGUGCGGAUCAAAGUUCAAACUACAGAACAAAUGGCUUAUUGCCCAAUACGCUGUGAAAAGUUAUGCUAUUUACCUGAAAACUCCAAGUGCAGCAGUGUAUAUGAGAACUGUCUGGAACAAAGCAGGGCAAUAGGUAAUGCCCAGGAGAAAGGGGUGCACUGUCAGCGAGAUGCCUCGUUAAUGAAGCACACAUGUCGAGUGGAUCUUUUUGAUGACCCUUGCUACAUUAAUACGCAGGCUCUUCAAAGUACAUUCAGCUCUGCUCAGAAUCAAAACCCAUUUCAGCCACUGGGGAGCUCAUGGCAUUAUGGAAAGGCACCAGAAACUGUUCAGCCGGGUGCCACAGCCCAGCCUGCCAGCUCACAUUCUUUGCCACACAUCAAGCAGCAGCUGUGGAAUGAAGACUGCUACCAUGGCAAGCUGAGCAGGAAGGCAGCUGAGAGCCUUUUGGUAAAGGAUGGGGACUUUUUGGUUCGGGAGAGUGUGACAUCCCCUGGGCAGUAUGUACUGAGUGGACUACAGGGAGGCCAGGCAAAACAUCUUCUCCUGGUGGAUCCUGAAGGCAAGGUGAGGACCAAGGAUCAUGUGUUUGAUAAUGUCGGCCACCUUAUCAGAUACCAUAUGGAUAAUAGUUUGCCAAUCAUCUCUUCUGGAAGUGAAGUAAGCCUUAAACAACCAGUGAUGAAAGAUAGUAAUCCGGGACUUUCGCAUUCCAAGAAAUGACAACACUGAAACAUCAUCACAAUGGUAUUUCAAGAAACUCCAUUUUUUGUUAGUCCACAUUAAAAAUUCAAACUUUGUUCCUAAAAAAAAAAAAAAGCACAAACUGUGAAGUGCAUAUUUCCAA